UUCAUUAAUGAGUCAGUGAUAUGUAAGUUACAGUGAACAGGUGACGGAGAUAGAGGUUGGUAAAACAGUACCAGAACCAAUACCAUUAGUCCAUGUUAGAGAUAAACAAAUAAACAUACAUUGUAACUACAUCAGUGGCAAAUUUUAAUUGUUCAUGAGAUUAAUUGCUCUUUGGGCUAGAGGGAAUUUUCCUUUGGCUUAACAGCUCAAUUAUUGAUAUAGAACGAAUAUUCAUACGAAACCGUCCGUCCGUCGUCCAGAGCUACGUUAUCGCAGCUAGUAUUGAUAGAGCUCCGGACUGUGAAGUUGGGGGUCGCUGAUCAGGUUGGAUCCCCAGUGGAAGCACAUGAAACCAUAAUAAGAUUUUAUCUGCUUAAAAGAUUCAUGCAAUAUGCUGUCUAAAAAAGAGGUAUUGAUACAGUUAGAUAGAUGAUGCUGGAAUGACAGCAGGAUGCCACAGAUUACAAACAUAGAAGAUGCUACAACCUUGAUUAACUGAUUUAUCUGAACCUGAAUAUAAACACACUGCAAAACAAAUUAAUAGGCUUCAAAAUGGCCUUCACCUUUUGGAAUUCAUUGUGUGGCCACAAUGAAAACUUUACAGCUUGGAGAAAAGACGAUUUUGGUCCGUGUUUUGAAAAAAUAGCCCUGAUCAUACCAGCUCAUGUACUUCUUGCUAUAGUGAGUACAUAUCAUGGAGCACAAGUACAUCGGAGAGUCUCCAGCACCAACGCCACAUUGAGGAUGCCCUGGUUUAUCACUUUGAGACUGGUGACUAUUUCAUUAUUCUUGAUAUUACCAGUAGCUCAGCUGAUGGGAAUGUUCAUGAUCCUAGAGGUGGAACCAAGUAUAGCAGACUGUGUAUAUGUGGGUUUAGUGAGUCUCACUUGGUUACUGCAUGGCAUUUACACUUACAACCUGAAACAUAUGUACUGGGAAACAUACAGAGGCCCUCUUUGUGUGGUACUUUUCUAUCUUCUGACUUUUGUAUCAGAUUGUCUUCACUGCUACAGUGUUAUCAGAAUGCAUUUAUCUAACUCUCCAUUCCAUAAUUCAGCUGAGGAAUACUGUGUUUAUGUAACUAUCUUUUGUCAUCUGUUAUACAUCUUCACCCUCAAACCGACUGGAGAUAGGCUCAUGAGUGACAGUUAUCUUCGCCAUAGUUUGAAUAUAUCUCCUUCUGAAACAGAGCGCCUAAUGUUCCCUGGAACGACUGGCUAUGGGUCUAUCACCAGUCCUCAAAGAACAGUAACUGUUGCAGAGGAUGGAUCAUCAUUCCUGUCAAAACUUACAUUCCACUGGGUACAACCCCUGAUGGUUAAAGGGUACAAACAAUUAAUAAGGUCUGCAUCUGAUCUUUAUCUACUGCCUAAUAAGCUCAACACUAAAGACUUAGAGGACAAGUUUUUGAAAAUUCUUUCACCAUCUAGGCAAGGGACAUCACUUUAUGAUAACGAGGAAAGCAGUCAAGGCACCCCAUUAACACCAGAUGUCUAUAUCAGGUCAGGAGGACAAAACACUGGACACACGCACCAGCAAACUCCAACCAUGUUGAGAGCUUUACAUAAAGCAUUUGGAUUAGAAUACUACCUUCUUGGUAUUUUAAAACUGAUGGCAGACUCUGUUGGUUUUGCGGGGCCAAUGCUACUAAACUUACUAGUGACAUAUAUAGAGAACAAAGAGGAGCCAGAACAACAUGGAUACUUGUAUGCAAGUGGGUUACUGUUGUCCACACUCAUUGGUUCUCUAUGCUCUAGUCAGUUUGAUUACCAUUGUCGAAAUGUUGGAUUCAAAAUGAGAUGUGCAAUCAUCACAACCAUCUACCGGAAAGCUUUGUCUGUGGGCAGUGUAUCCAUCUCAAAAUUUAGCAUGGGUGAAAUUGUUAACUUCAUGAGUACAGACACAGACAGAAUGGUAAAUUUCUGUCCCAGUUUCCAUGCUGUGUGGAGUUUACCUUUCCAGAUUGGAGUAUCUUUGUAUCUCCUCUACUUACAAGUGGGGAUAGCUUUCCUUGCCGGGCUAGGGUUUGCUCUCCUCCUCAUCCCCAUUAACCGGUGGCUUGCUAACAAGAUAGGAGAACUGAGCAAGGAUAUGAUGAAACAGAAAGAUGCCAGGGUUAAGAUGAUGAAUGAAGUAUUGUUUGGGAUGAGAAUUAUAAAGUUCUACACCUGGGAAAAUCAUUUCCGCUCAGAGAUUCAGAGGCUGAGAAAUGCUGAGCUGAAGAGUCUGAAGGGACGGAAGUACCUGGAUGCAAUGUGUGUGUACUUCUGGGCUACCACACCGGUUCUCAUUUCUAUACUCACCUUUACAACCUACUCACUGAUGGGGAAUACCCUAACAGCAGCCAGGGUGUUUACAAGUUUGUCCCUGUUCAUGAUGCUGAUCAGCCCCCUGAAUGCCUUCCCCUGGGUGAUCAAUGGUCUGAUGGAGGCCUGGGUGUCCCUCAAACGUGUCCAGGCAUAUGUGGCCCUUACUGACAUGGACAUGAGGUCCUACUACAAAACAUCAGAGGAUUUAUACAGUGCUGAAAGGAUCAUAUCCAUCAAGUCAGGCAGAUUUUCUUGGAAAAAUGAACUGUGUGCCACCUCUGAUGCUCAUGUAGCUAAAAGACAGGAUAACCAAUCAGUACAUGGCACUGGAACCAGCCAAUCGGCUCAUGGUACUGGAACCACCCAAUCAGCUCAUGGCAAUGAGACCAACCAUUCAGAACAUGACAAAUCAACCAGGCAAUCAGGACAUGACCCUGCGACUAGCCAAUCAGGGACCCUCAAACUUAGAAACAUUAACAUUGAUAUAGAACAAGGUCAAUUCAUAGGAGUGAUAGGGAAGGUUGGGUCUGGGAAGAGCUCCCUGCUUCAGGCCCUUAUGGCGGAGAUGUGUCGUGAGGCGGGUCAGAUUUCGUUACGAGACCUUCACAGCGGAUUUGCCCUAGUGGCUCAGGAGGCAUGGAUACAACACGCCACAAUCCGUGACAAUAUCCUGUUCGGUCAACCGUUCAACACUAGGAAGUACGAGUCUGUGCUGGAGGCGGCAGCUCUCAAUAUGGACCUCCAGAUGUUACCAGCUGGAGACAAGACAGAAGUUGGUGAGAAUGGCGUGACCCUGAGUGGAGGUCAAAAGGCCAGAGUGUCCUUGGCCAGGGCCCUGUAUCAGGAUAAGGAAGUGUAUCUAUUGGACGAUCCUCUAGCAGCAGUUGACGCCCAUGUAGCCCAACAUUUGUAUGACAGGUGCAUUAUGGGACUGCUCAGGAACAAGACCAGAAUCCUUUGCACACAUCACACCAAAUUUCUGGGAAAGGCAGAUCUAGUCAUUGUCAUGGAUGAUGGUGUCAUCUCUAACAUUGGUCCCCCUUCGGAGGUUCUGGAAGAUACAAAGUUUGCAGACAACCAGGUGUCUGAUGAGGACAAAGAGUGGACAGAUGGCGGGCCUGAGACUGACCAGUCAGGUGGAGGUCAAGAUGGGACCUUGGUAGGCGAGGAGGAGAAGGAGACAGGUGUGGUGAAGUUGUCGGUGUACAAGUCCUACUGGAGAGCUGUGGGUAAAUGUCUGGCUCCUUCAGUACUCCUCGCUCUUCUCUUCAUGCAAGCCUCUAGAAACAUCAAUGAUUGGUGGCUGUCUUAUUGGGUAUCCAAUAGCAACAGUACAACAGAUAGUAAUCCUGGCAACACAUCUCAGUCCUCCUUGACUAUGGGGUCACAGUUUUUCUUUAGUGGAUAUGUCACUUCGGCUGGCUCUGAUGUAAGUUUGGAUAAUAACAGUAGUAAUAGUACCAGUGAUGGUGAAGACAAUGUUAAGUUUUACCUGACGGUCUACGGUUGUCUGGCGGGGGCUAACUCCCUCUUCACAUUGGCCCGAGCCUUCCUGUUCGCGUAUGGAGGGAUAUGUGCUGCAAGGAUCCUCCACCAUGAGUUACUGGAAACAAUACUUCAGGCACCUAUGUCCUUUUUUGAUGUCACUCCUAUUGGAAGGAUCCUUAACCGUUUCUCCUCAGAUCUGUAUGCUGUUGACGACUCUCUGCCCUUCAUCAUGAACAUCUUCCUGGCACAGCUGUUUGGUAUCCUAGGAACCAUAAUCAUCACCUGUUAUGGCCUGCCUUGGUUUGCUCUGCUCCUCGUUCCACUGGGAGCGAUAUACUACAAAAUACAACAAUAUUACCGUCAAACUUCACGAGAGAUAAAGAGGAUAUCCAGCAUCACACUGUCCCCAAUGUAUGCCCACUUCUCUGAGACAGUGUCUGGACUUGUUACCAUCCGUGCUUUCAGGCAGACACCCAGAUUUCAGACAGAGAAUCUGCACCGCCUUGACCUGAACCAGAGGGCCCAGUUUGUGGCGGGUGCUGUUGGAAGCUGGUUGGGGUUUCGUCUACAGAUGAUGGGCGUUAUCAUGGUGGCAGGGAUAGCCUUCAUUGCUGUACUACAACACCACUUCCAGACAGUCAACCCCGGUCUAGUGGGUCUGGCCAUUUCCUAUGCUUUGUCAGUGACCAAUCUGUUGAGCGGUGUGGUGAAUUCCUUUACUGAGACUGAGAAACAGAUGGUCAGCGUGGAGCGAGUUCAGCAGUACCUUGACAACAUUCCAAAGGAGAGGUGGGAGGGCUCCCUCUUUGUAUCAGCCACCUGGCCAGACUCCGGAGUUAUAAGGUUUAAGGAAGUUUGCCUCAAGUACAGACAGGGCUUACCUUAUGCUUUGAAUAGAAUUUCAUUCAACAUAUACUCAGCGGAGAAACUCGGCAUUGUGGGGCGCACUGGGUCAGGGAAGUCAAGUCUCUUUCUUGCACUAUUUCGUAUCGUUGAAAUCAGUCGUGGAGAAAUUCUCAUUGAUGGGAUGAACAUUCAACACUUGGAUCUUACAGAUGUGAGGCGACACCUGGCUGUGAUUCCCCAGGACCCAUUCCUCUUUAGUGGUACCGUCAGAGAGAAUCUGGACCCCACCUCUUGCUACAGUGACGAAGAACUAUGGGGUGUUCUUGACAGGUGUCACCUCCGACUGCCUGUCGACAGACUCGGGGGACUCGAGGGAGAGGUAGCAGAGAAGGGCCGGCAUUUUUCAGUGGGACAGAGACAACUCAUGUGUUUGGCUAGGGCACUUCUCACUAAAGCAAAGGUGUUGUGUAUUGACGAAGCUACGGCUAGUGUGGAUCUGGAGACAGACAUGUUGAUACAGGAGACAAUACGACAGGAGUUUGUGAACAGUACGGUGCUGACCAUUGCCCAUCGUAUCAACACCAUAAUGGACAGUGACCGAGUGUUGGUGAUGGAUCAAGGUCAGGUGGCCGAAUUGGACUCUCCCAGGGUAUUACUACAAAACUCACAAUCUUUAUUUUACAAACUGGUAAAUGGUGAAAGUUAACGUCAAGCAGGACUCAUCCGGAGAAUUGUUUUAACUGAUCUCGUAGCCUAGAGAAAGUUAGAGAUGUUUAUAUGAAAGAUCGAUAAUAAAGGCAAUUAGCAGCUGAGCAUAAAAAACACAAUGAUAGAAGUUAUGUGAAAACACUUUAAACAACAUAUCAAAGCAAUCUCUCGUCUGCUUAUUACCUAAAAUCAUGACAGUGAAAGAAAAUACACCUAAUGGAUUUCUGAGUUAGUGAGCAUUGGAUCAGUAUAUAUUUAUUUCUGUCUCAGAAGCAUGUGUCAAAUUCAUUACAGAAGGACAAUACAUUUAAAUGUGUGAUAUAUAGUAUUUGUACCCGUGUUUUAUUGUAAACUUGAUCUCAUGUGGCUGUUAUCAUCACAACUUAUAUUUUUACAUACAUACUGUAGCAUUGUCUGUGAUACGCACCUUUAGUUAUAGACCAUUGCAGGAGUAAAUUGUGUGGAUGACCUGCUAUUGUGUCCAAGUUUUCACAUUUUGAUUAUGGUGGAACCUAAAAGUAGAUCUGGAGUGGCCAUGCACUGUUCGUGUGAUGACAGAAAACCUUAUAAAAAUGCAGAAAAACCUCAAACAAAUGAAAUCCUGUAUAUCCUAUCAGCCUAGAAGACCUAGUCCUUAGAAACUGGGUAGCAUGAACAUUUGGCAAAUAAUCGAGAAGUUGGCUACAAAUGUGGAAAUUCACUAAAUUCAAUAAUUAAGUUGAUGUAAUAUUUCAAAAUUAUGAUUUAAAAAUCAGAAUAAUUCAAAAUUAUAGUUCACUUGCUUGAGGUAUUUUUUAUUUAGAAAUGAUAAAGGUUUUGAUAAAAUGUUCUUUACAUUGAAUGGUCAGCCCUGCAUUUGGAGAAUACAGAUGUCCUAUUGUAAUCACCUUAUAUGUGUCUGUCCAUCUGGCCGUUUUCAUUUCCGUACAAUAACUUGCUUAAUUAUUGUCUAAUUUUGAUAAAAAAAUGUUUGAGCAUGGAAAAUGAGCAAAGACUAUGGCUGAUUUAAAUUUGAGAAAAAUUCUCUUAUAAUUAAUUAGUCUAUAGUGUCCUACACUCUGAUAUGUGUCUGUUCUGUAUAUGGUAUUGUAAACAUUAUAUUGCCAUAGUGAAAUACAUAUGUAACAUUUUGCAUUUUAAACUGGCCAAACAAUGCAUGCAGUAUUUACAAGUUUCCAUUACUAUAUCGUAGUUUAUCCAUGUCAAUAUUUUUUACCAUAACGUCAAUGUAAACAGGUGUUCCUCAAUCAUCGGUGACUGGUGACCGUGAUUAGAGUCAGUAAAUAUAGAUUUGUUAAUUACAGCGUGAAGUGGACAUCAGAUAAACAUGAUGACCAACCACCAUGAGAUUGCGAUCUCCUUUGAUAUCGUUCAUAUCAUGUCAGAUAGCUUAUACACCUUUUGUUGCUCCGUUUUCUAAUCCAUUAAAUACAAAAUAUUACAGUUCCUGUACUAUAACUUCCAGCAUGUUACUCUCAUGUGUUUAGCACAAGAUAUUUAACCAAGACAGACUUGGAUGCUUUGGGAGUGAUUAAACCUACAGUGAAACAGGACAGGACAAACAUAUUACUGCCCAGACUGACAUUCAAACUCUAAAUACAUGUAUAACAGAUGUCUUUUCCAACUGAGCUAGCUCGUCACCAGUGAUUGUUCCGGUCCACACCCAACACAGUAGAAGUGAUACAUGGGAGAGCUACAAUUCUGUUUUUCUAUUGAACAUACAUGUAUAGCAAGGAGCAACUUGUGGUCAUUUGAUGUACAGUUUUGGGAAUUUGUUUGCUUGAUGGUUGAACAGUUCAGAACUUAAUUGUCUUUCUGUGAUUUUCCACAUCUUUUAGCUAUAAUAAUGUUGGCACCUGAGAUCAGUUACAUAAGAGACUUAUGAGUUCCAGGCUCAGUUUCAUGAAUGUAAAACAAAAUUCCUUAACAUAAGUUUUUCCUUAGGGAACAUUGUUUGUGUUAAGGAAAAAUUGAAGUUAACUUCAGGAAAGCUUUCGGAUGGAAAAUUCCAAGAUUAUGAAUUGCUUUCAGUUCAGGUAUGUUCCUAAAACUGGGUGCGAAACGUGCUCAUGAAAAUGAUCAGGUUUUGUAAUUUGGUGAUGUAUUUUUAUAUAAUUUCUACAACAUUUUAUCUUAAUAUUCACAACAUUGUAUAAAGAUUUGAUCAGGGUGACAAAGACCUUCAAAUGAGGAAUUUUUGGUAUAUCAUACAUUUCUGAGAUAGUCAUGAUAUUAUGACCUGUAUUUGUCUUUAUAUUUCAUCUUUAUUUUUUCAUUAAAGUUCUACUUUUUAAAAAUCAUUUAUAAGAGUUAUUGAUAUGUCCAUGAAAAGUAUCCUAUUCAUGGUUACAGUUUUUGGCAGUGGUACGUGGAUCUUUAAAUAUCUAAUAACUCAUAAUUUUAAUACUCAAGUACAUGUAUUACACAUUCAUGAGUUUUAAAACACAUGUGCAGAGACUAUAUGUAUGACUUUAAUUACCAUUAUAUAAUGAUAUCUAUGACAAAGUAUCUAUAAAAAAGGCAUUUACUACAAUAAUGAAUUUCCCUCCACUAUAUUGUCCUGUCACAUAAGUGGUGUUUACAGAGAGGAUAUCAUGGGGACUAUCUGCUAUGACAAAGCAUCAUAAAAUAAACUUAACGCUUUGUAAGGACAAUAUAUAGUGGAAGGAAAUUCAUAAUUGUAGUAAAAGCCUUGCAUUGAUAUAUUCUUCUGAUACGUAUUUUGCAUUGUAUUUGAGUUUUCUGGGUAUGUAAAAUUACAGAAGUUGGAAGCCUGUGCAAUAUGUUGAUGAUUUAACUGUUACUUUCAUCUCUUUGAUGAUUAUUUAGGUGUUUUUUUUGAUACAGACUCUACAAUAUAUUUUUUGUAGAUUCAUGUUGAUGACAUAAAUGUUAUCAUGUAUUACUAGCGAUUUUCUUACAAGCAAUUUCCAGACACAAUUGUUUUCUUCAUAUAAGUAGUACAUGUACAUGUAACAGAAACUUGGUUAAAUUGCAUCAAGAUAAUAUUUUGGUGAAAUGUUAGAAAUUAGUCUUCAAUAGAAUUGCUGUUGUUUUUUGUAGAAGUUAUAAAUCCAGUUGCUGUUACAGUGCUUUGAACCUCUUAACUGAUAGUUGCUUUGAAGAAUCAAACUACUUGUGUUCUUACAAUCAGUAUGGUGAUUUUGUGGACUAUUGAUGUGAAGCCACAAAGUAAAUAAAAAAUAUGAAAAACCUAAUGAAAAAAGGAAGUAAUCUCUUUAAUAUAUGCAUGAUACAAUUUAUUUUAAAAAUUUAAUGUUUUCACAUGUUAACUUUACAGUACAAAUUAAGUCUUUAAACGGUAAUAUACAUGUAAUAUUUACAUGAAUAUCUCACAUAAAUUUCAACAGAUUUGAUUUAAGGAUAAAUAUAUUUUUCAUGAAUACUCUAAAAAUAUCAGCGAACAAAACAUCA